UAUUGAGAAACACCACAUCACCAUCUGACAAACUACCAUACCACAGCAUUCAUGACCCUCCAAUUAAUUGAUCAUCCUCCAUUAUAUAUCCACUAAUGCACCCUCUGCCUCUCCAUGUGCUGCUACCACUCGAUUCAAUUACUAGCUGGAGGAGACAACCUCAUUUACUCACCAUACUCUUUCCCCCAACCAAUGCUAUCUACUGCACACCACCAUCUCCCUAUGUAGUAACUACAUGCUAGCUUUUAUUUCCCUGGUCAUUUUCUUCUUUCCACUUUUACAAUCAUGUAUCUGUAUAUAUACAAGCAUCUCCCUUCUAUGUAAUACAUAUCAGAAAGAUAAGAAUUCCAACCGAAUAGAGAACUAUCCUUUAAGCUUCUCCUUUCAAUCUUUUGUGGAAUUCUACAUGGUAUCAGAGCAGGUUCUCUAGAAUCCUGCAAAUCUUUUCC